AUGGCCAAAGAACUUUUUAACUAUAGACAUUCAUCACUGCGUAACAUCAUCGAAAGGACAUUCAGAGUUUUAAAAAGAAGGUUCGCAAUUUUAAGGGAAGCAGUACUGAACUACACGAUGACUGCCCAACUUAAUAUCGUGAUUGCAUAUUGCGCCGUUCAUAAUUUCAUAUUCGAUGAACAUCCAGACAAUACACAUUUUGUGAAUCCCGAUGAAGCGGGACCGGAUGUCAAUGGUGCAAUCCUGCCAUAUCCGGAUAUACAACCAUUACAUGCAGAUCCACAAGCUAUUCAAGAAUGGUGGACAAUGCGUGAUGCACUAGCGGAGGGCAUGUUUGCUAUCUACAGACGACAUAACUGA